AUGACAGACAAUUUUCACGAGGCCGACUCAACUGACUGGCUUGGUACGAAGUUACAAAAACUUUUUCACGUCGAUUCUGCACUGCGGUGUCAAGUUUGCAAAGAUUUUUAUUCAACGCCGAUGAUCACGUCAUGUUCUCACACGUUCUGUUCUUUGUGCAUACGCAGAUGUCUAAGCAACGAUGGUAGAUGCCCAGCAUGUCGAGCUGAGGAACAGGAGCUCAAACUAAGAAACAAUAGCGCUGUUGAAGAGCUGGUAGAAGCAUUCAAAAAUGCAAGGGAAGACGUUAUGAACUUCGCAAGAACGCCGAAAUAUCCGUCCGAGAGCAAGUUCUCUCCGAAGAGAAAGUCCGAUGAGACCGAAACUGAAGAAAAUAGCUCCACUCGUAAGCGAACGAAGCGUUCUGGGCAGUACACAUCCGAGUACUUUGUCUCAGUUGAAUCAGAUAAAGAUGAUGGAACAUACAUUCCUGAAGAUGGCUUUGUUCAAUGCCCGAUAUGUAAUUUACGCAUGUCUGAGAAAAAGAUGAACGCUCACCUUGAUCGUAACUGUCAGGAGUUCCCCAAUACCCCAUCGAAGUCUGAAACAGGGAGCAGAAAAUUAAACGGAAUUCUACAGAAGGUAGAUGAAAACACAAUGAAGCGCCCAAUUCGGUUACCGAAAAUAAAUUUUUCUAUGUUUAAAGAUGCGCAGUUGAAGAGAAAAUUGGGAGAGCAUGGCUUAUCGCAAGGUGGAUCUCGACAGGCAAUGCAAAAGAGAUAUACAGAGUGGGUCACAUUGUGGAACUCAAACUGCGAUGCGACAAAACCUCGCCCGACAAGAGAAUUAAGAGGUGAGUUAGAGAAAUGGGAACGCAUACAAGAGGGGAAAAGAGUCGGGUUAGGUCCUCAGAUUCAAACCGGGAUAAAAAUAAGAGAAAAGGGUUUUGACGGGGUAGCAUGGUCGAGUUCUCACAGUAAUUCGUUCAAAGAACUUGUAGAAAAGGCGCGUAGAAAGGCCGACAGCUUCGAAGAGGGCCCUCUGCUUUCAGAAGCAACUCCCACACUAUUACCAGUAUCACCCAAUAAAGUGAGAGAAAACAGCAGCACCAUAGAUGCUGUCAAAGACCCAACGACAUUGUGA